AUGCCUGUAACAGGCUCAAGGCUUUCGGCAAUGCUAGACCGGGAGAGUAAGAAGAGCCAGGGAGACGAGAUUCAAAGAUAUCUUGACAGUGGUCGGUUGACUACCGAGGUUCAUAGCCAGCAAGCACUCUUCUUGGGAAAUCAGGCUGGUGAUAGCGAUGAAACCAGCGUAGCUAGCAAGGAAGGCGACGCUGAUGAGGAAAGUGAUGAUGGUCUAGUUCUUCCAUUGCCAGAAGGGAUUGGCCGAAAGCGCUCAUCAAGGAGGAUAUGUAGACCUUCUAAGAGGCUUAAGGAGUUUGAAACCUAUUAA